AUGGAUGAAGUAAGAAUCAGGGGAGGGAACCUCUCUGGCCCGGGAAAGGCAAACGCUGUUAAAUAUGUUCCGAAGCAGCGUGAAGGCCAUCGUAUCAUCCUGGCCACGGAAGAGACUUCCGGUGACACAGGCAUUCCCCAGCCAUCAGAGGGACGAAUGGCAUUUGUCAACGAGCUGCUGCACGACUACCCCGUCCCGGCCUUCGACCACAGCACAGCCCUAACUCACCGACCCCUGGCGCUGGAACAGACCCUGUGGCCUGCGUCGCCCAAGCUGCAACUUGUUUCGGGUUUAGACCUGCUCACCGACAACCAAGAAACCUUCCAACAGACCCUCCUCGCGCACGUCCCGCACCUGGCGGACGUCACAACAGUCUACUUCUGCGCGUACACUACAACGCGAACCCUGCCGUGGAAACGGACCUGA